AGCCAAGCUAAGCUCCCGGAGUUUGUUGGAAUUCUCCAGGCCGAAUGGGUGAAGCCACAUAUAACGCAAAAGGAUACAGGAGGAAAGGAAAACUAUAGUGAUAAAGUUACGGAUCUGAACAUAACCAUUGUCACAUGGAUCGACAAUUACCACCAAGGCUUCAUCGACUACAUGCUCCUCGAAAUAUUCCGAGAGGACUUUGUUGAGUGGGAUCCUGAUAGAUUCGCUAUGGUCUUCCCACCAAUUCUAAGAAGAUUCAAGACAUUCCUCAUGUCAAGAGGAAUAUAA